AUGACGGAUCGAAACGGCGGUGCCAAAGACUCCAAGGGCACCGGGUUGGCCGUCCAGUCUCUUCGUGACGCGGUUGCAGCUUUCCAUCAGCAGAUCCAAUGCAAGCUCAAUGAACUGGAGGUGGCCAUAGCCCACGUGGACUUUGAAAUUCCCUUCGUGGCCACGAAGCAGCCGGAGAAAGUUUUUGUAGUCGAGGCAACGGAGCCCGAUGUGCUAAAGCAGCGCGAGAGCAUCACGCGCUUGGAGGCGGAGACUUUCAGACUCCACCCUUCAUGCACAAGAGUUGGAGCUUCCGAGGGCAAGUCGCGCCUCCACGGCAGAUGGAUGGAGCUUUCCACGCAGCUUUCCUCCGUCCUCGCCGCAAGCCAGCCCAGACGAGGUGUCAACACUGUCAUUGAAGGUUCUCGCAGCUUAUCACUCCCUGUGCGCAUGCGAGAGCACUGGUUGCGACAGCCGCUCCAUCCCGAGGGGCUGUUCAGAAUUAGUUGGGACACCCUGGCUCUUGUGCUGGUCAUGUUGGAUGGGUUUCUGACUCCUAUCGCCAUUGCAUGGGACCUGAACACCGAUUCCAAUCCUGUCUUUCAGGCAUCCUUUUUCAGCAGCUUUGUGUUCUGGCUUCUGGAUAUAUUGCUCAAUUUCAAUACUUCUGUCUACGUGAGAGGGAAUCUCAUACACUCUCGUGCCACGAUAGCAUUCCAGUACCUCAAGACGUGGCUGGUGUUCGACCUGCUACUCAUCCUCCUGGACUGUUUAAAUGUCUUUACACAGUCAGCACGCGACAUAUCUGCUCUACGGUUGGCGACUGUGGCCCGCCUGGUUCGAGCUCUUCGGCUUGUUCGCUUGUUGAAGAUGUCCAGGCUGCACGACAUGAUUCAGGAAGUCGCGGCAUCCUCAGGCCGUCAAUGGAUCAUGCUGGUCAUUGCCAUUGCGAACACAGCCUGCAGAAUUUUGGUGGUGGCCCACAUCCUGGCUUGCUUCUGGAUUUGGCUUGGGCGAUGGGUUGAGCAAUCUGAUGGUGUCAGUUGGAUUGAGCUCUCGGGCGCAAUGAACUUAGAAAUCCAUGUCCAGUGGUUGCAUUCCUUGCGAUACGUGAUCAACUCGCCCUCGCCCCCCACAAUCGCACCAAACAGUGCCAUAGAAAGGGUCUUCGACAUUACCGCGUACAUGUUCUCGCUGCUGGUCAUCGGUUCUGCUAUCUCAGCGAUUGCCGGGACCCUCAAUGACCUGCGGGCCAUGAACGAAGCACGGGCACGCCAGCGCAGGGAAGUCAGACUGUAUCUGACUAGCCAAAACGCGCGGUACGAACUCGUUGGGCGGGUAAUGAAGUUUGUGGACUACAAACUUGAGAAGAUGACAGCCUUCAGCUUUGACGAGUCACUGAUAUCACCCACACUCUACACAGAGCUUUUUGUCGGGCAACGUGGAAAGUUCCUUUCAAAGCUUCCCAUCUUCUCGUUGACGCUUGAGAUUUUCUCGGAUGUUUUUGCGCACGUGUGCACCACAUUGCGCAAGCAGGUUUAUGAGAAAGGAGAGCUCGUGUUUGCCGCAGGUGCGUGGGCUGGUUCUCUGCACAUGACGACCGCAGGUGUAUACACACUGUCGGACAUCUCAACGGAGCAAGAUGACAGGAUUCUCAAAGGCGAGGAGGUACACUGGUUCGCAGAGCUCAGCUUGUAUGCAGAAACUAGUAUUCAUGUGUCCACCCUGAGGGCCAAGAACAUCGCAGAGCUUUUCCCACUGUCUGGAGAUGAUUUCGUUUCGGCGGUCCGUGAUUCCCCUGCCUGCUCAGCCAUGUUCUGUGAGUAUGCACGGGACUUCAUUGCAAAACAGCGGGGGAUCAGCGAUACGCAUGAGGAUCAAAUCAGGUACGCGUACAGCUGUUGCCAAAAGAACCAAUGCUAUCAAGAACUCCAUCCCGAUCAGCGGAAGCUCUUUGAGAACAUUGACAUUCUUAAGGCGGUCAUGGCCGAAUCCGGGGUCGAAUCCUUUCCGGAGAUGCAUUCCAAGAUCUGCGUUGAUGAAGAGGCGACCGAUCUCGACGCAGUGAAGCGGCUCCUGGCCAGCUUAUCUGACGCAGGCCACGCGUUAGGCCCGUUAGGUGCAGAUGAGCUGUCGCAGCAGUUGCAACGGCUUCUGCCGGAGCUGCAUCCCAGCCUCGGAGCCUAUGCCGUCUUUGAAGAAGCAGCAGAGAGAACCCGGGCAGAGUCUGCGUGCAUCAGCAUACUUGCGCUGCUGGCAAACAGGUAUGACAUCUAUACCAAAGCCCAAGGAGCUGGCAAGCUCUUGCAUUUGCAAUGGGAGCAGCUGCAAGAGAUAGUCCGGUGGAUCAACCCUACCGAGAAGCACGUGCAUGCUGUCCUGGUUCUCUUGGCCAUGCGAGGACUUGGGAAGUCCAAAGCCUUGCUCAGCCAAGUCCCUGAUCAGGAUCAGCAGCCUGAGAGGGCGAUCUUGUAUCUCAUGAGUGAGCAGCACAAUGUCGUCCCCUCGGCAGCCAAGCUUGAUGCUGAAGGGGUGGCCUUGCUGCAGGAUACGCUUCGGCAUCAUGAAGCCUUCAAGCUGGCACAGAUGCUGCAAGGCGAGAACGUCCCGGCAUCAAUUGCCGAGCUGCAGGGGUGCUUCUUGCACAGCAGUGACACCAGUGACAGCAGAGCUUUUCAAUUCUACGUACUCUUUCUGCUGGGCUUCAUGAGUGGCAUUGCUGGCGGCCCGGGCUCGAAGUUCAUGACUGCCAGGAAUGCGGAAGCGGUCAUAAGCUGCGUUUGCAUUCUCCAACGACUCCUCGAGGCGACGCCCAUGGGAAUCUACUGGGGAUACCUCAGCGCGCGAGCUGGAUCUCUCGGCUUACCCUGCACAAGCGCAGAAGAUCUUGCUUUGGUGCGCUUGGCGUGCUUAAGUCGAUUGCAGGAUCGGGAUGGCUAUGUGGCAUUGCGCAGGGCAUGGUGCACGUGUACCCAACCGGAGAGGGUGCGGUUGCAGGAGCAUCUCUUGGCCGACGGCAUUGCAGAUCGUGCCCUUGUGCUGGAGUUUCUUCCUGACUGCAUGUCGCACGCCAAAAGCAACAGGCUGAUUGGCCUGUCUGUUUUCCUCCAUGUCUUGGUUGAUCUGCUUGCGAACCUCACCGUCAUCAUCGACUCGUCGCCGAGCAUGGAUGGCAAGAAGCUAAUCCACGUGGACUUGUCAGACAUGAGCGCCUUCACCAUGGCGGUGCAGAAUGGCUUUGUGUUUCGGACAUGCAUCUCUCGCUGUGACUUCCACAUCGGGGACAAGGUCCGGGUCCAAAUGACAAGCGAAAACUGGGGCCGGGCACAGGAUGCAGAGACUGAUACCACGAAUUUGUCGCUCAGCAUGCAGGAGAUCCUACUUCAGCAACAGGCUGUUAUGGGCCACUUCUCCAUAGAGCAAGCGCCUUUGUGGUCCCUGUCGAGAGCACCCAAAAACGGAGUUAUGGAAGUGUCCUGCUAA